GGUCGUACGUUGAGCGUAAAAGUAAUGAUAUUCGUGAAAUAAAACGGAUUUUAUGCGAAGAAGGGACGGUUAAAGGCUGAAAAAUAAACGGAAGUUCCGAGCGAGAUAUUCGGAAGGCAUGUGUUUUUGUGUUGAAUUUUGCAAGGAAUUAUAAAAGGCAGUGCGAAAGUGUUGGAAUAAUGGAAUUCAAUUAGCAAUUUUAAUGAAAAGUGUUUUCGAAUCGAUAUAGAUGAGAUUUUGGAGUUCUUUAGUGAAAAAGUGCAAAGAUAAUGUUAAACAGCAAACUUCAGCUGUAUGUAAAUAACAUGCCAAAGUGUCGCGAUUUCUCAAAUGGAAAUUAAAAAUACUCGAAGAAGAAUGCCAAAGUGCUCGAGCGUUGGCCGGAUGUAAUUUCCAUAAGCAAUGAAUUUCCUGUGUCGGACCAAUUGAGUGCUUUGUUGUGUCGGUAGUGCGUGGCGCAUAUUUUUGUCGCCGAAAAAAUUAAGACGAGUUGCAAACCAACAACAAUCAAUGUUUAAAAAUAGAAAUUGGUUUUAAAUAAGAAAUAAAGUGAGUUAAGUGCAGCGAUAGUAUUAAAUAAAUUGUUCAGGUUGGCCAACAAUUGGUUGAAAAUGUGGUCUUAAAGUUAAUGUUUUCUUAAAGCGUCUACUUUACUAGAAGUAAACAUUUGAUUUUUGACGCCGCGAAUGGACCCAUACAUACUCAAACAUACAUACAUAUGUAUGUACAUAUGUGAGCACGAGUCUUGUCGACCCGCAUUGCAGAGAAAGUGCGAAAAGUUGUGUGAGCUAAAAUAUUUGCAGACACUGAAAAUGUCAGCUGAAUGUUGUCCAAACCAGUAAAGGCGCUAUAAAGCGGUAAGGAAGUGCGCCCGUGAGUACAGUGACACAGUAAAAUAGAGUGGAAGUGGUGGAAAAGCGACUGCCUACCAUACGCCAAAAACCUGUCGAUCAAAGCGACACAGCAAAUGCAAAAACCUAUAGCGUUUUACCACUUAGGUAAGUGACGCGCUGAGCCACUGCCUGACUGGCGGCGCUCAUUUUACCUGCCAAAACGAUAAGGAUAAUAAACGGCAGCCGCGGUGAAGUGCAAAGUACAGUGAAUGCUAAAAUGCGCGCGUGUUGCAAUCAAGAAAAAAUUAUAAAAAAAAAAUAAAAUAAAAAGUGGGAGCAGCAAAUUGAAAACAGUGUUUUCAUAAAAAUAAAAAAGCGUAAAAAAUAAGAAUCCAGCAAAUUAUUUGUCUCCAGCAAGCUCCGUUGGCAUUACUGCUGAUUACAAAAAAGUUUCGUUGCCACAAAUAAUAAAUAAGCAAAUACUCGGCAAUAAAACAAAAGCAAAGGCAAAGGUAGUUUAGCAAUUCAGCCGUCAAGAGCAAACAGCCAAGCCAGCAAAAUCAGAAACCAUCAAUGUGUAAUAUCCACCUAUGCACGCACUGUCGGCACUCGGCUGCUACUGAUUGUUUGCGGUUGCAUUUACUUGUCGUAAAUCACGCAAACCAAUUGUCGUAGACAUUGCGCCAGACUGCACAAAAAGCGAAAAACCGAAAAAGCGUGGCGAGCGAAACAGUGAAUCACAGCAAACGGCAAAACAGAAGUUAUCGACUUCGAGCGGUCCGUCAAUAAAAAAAAAACGUUGACAAGCCGCGUGCAACGUUGCGACGUGGAAUUAAAUAUAAAACAAACAACAACAAUUCGAACAACAAACAACAAGCGGAAUAUUCAACAGCGUAAAAAGCGCGUACUUUGCAUUUAUUUUGGCGUUCGUCAGCAACAUGGCGGGCAAUAUCGUCAAAUGGUGGAAGCAUAAAAUACUCGGCGGCUAUAAACAAUUCUCAGUUCAAGAAUGCACCACCGACUCCGAGGAGCUGAUGUACCACCAGGUGCGCGCCUCAUCCUCCUGCAGUGCGCCACCCGACUUGCUCAUGGUGAGCGAUCGCGAAAACAAUAUACCGUUACGUUCGCCGGUAGUCAAUCUAAUUUCCACCGCAACAACAACAACGCCGGCGGCGCAUCAUCACAGCAGCGCCGCUGUUGGCUGCAGCAGUGUGCCAAAACAUCAUCAUGCCACCGGACAACAGCAACAACAACAUGCGGCACAUCGUGAUCCACACCAACAACACGGUGCAAAGGAUGACGGUGGUAAACAACAUUUGAAAUUGAGCAGCAAAAGUGCUGCCGGUAAAUUCAUUAAUACACAGCAACAGUUGGCCGUUAGUAGUCAACAACAGCAACAACAACAGUACCAGGAUGAAAUUGAUGGGCCACAGCAGACAUCGCAUCAGCGGCACUCCUCACAUCAGCACGGCAAGGAGGAGCGCAUACGGCUAGAGGAGUUCACUUGCGACGUUUCCGUUGAGGGUGGCAAGUCCACACAGCCGCUGCAGUUCUCCUUCACCUUCUACGACCUCGACGGCCAUCACGGCAAAAUCACAAAGGAUGACAUUGUCGGCAUCGUCUACACGAUAUACGAGUCGAUCGGCAAGUCCGUGGUGGUGCCACACUGCGGCAGCAAAACAAUCAACGUCCGUCUCACUGUCAGCCCCGAGGGCAAAUCAAAAUCAGCCGCGGCCGCCGCUGCAGCUGGCGGUGGAGGCGCGGGUGGUGGCGGCGGCGGUAAGUUGAAGAAAACUGCUAACGGCGCUGGUGCCGGCAUGUUGGACGCCGCGACAAAGUCAAACGCCGGUCACGGACACGGCCACACACGUCGGCAGCACCGCUAUCGGCCGCGCAAACUAAUUAAAUCGGAUGAUGAGGACGAUGACAGUAACAGUGACAAGGAAAAGGAAGCAGCAGCCGCGACCAAUGCUCCUGCCACAACGACAAGUGGCGCAUUGGCGGUCAGUGGCGUGGGUGCGCCAGUGGUGGCGGGUGUGGGUGUGGGUGGCAAGUCAAAAGGUCAUUCCAGCGGCAGCAAGUUCAAUAAAAUGAAGGCCUCCGCCGCAGUGGCGGAGCAACAGCAAAUGUUGUAUCAGCAACAGCAGCCGCAGGAAACGGGCAAUGCGGCAGCGCCACAACAGCAACACACGCCACCACACAUCGACGCGUCUGCCGCAAACUGUCCGCACGAGAGUCUCUAUGAGAAUAUGACGUCAGUGAAUCUGAAAUGUUGCAGCACUAAGGAUGCGCGGCUGAAAAUCGAAGACUGCCGCGGCUGUGAGCCGACAGUGACGAGCGCACCGAUUACACCUGCGGGCUAUGUGCGCUCGUCGACGGAUGUGUACAUGCGACAGGCGUCGACGCGCGUCAAAAUGCUGCGUAAGGCGCGAAAACAAAAGUUUCAGGACCAUUGCCACGAAACACGGCAGCGCAGCCUCUCGGUCGGCAGCGAGGCCUGUUGGUACAAUCGGCACAUACAACAACAACAACAGCAAAGCAAACUAGAACAGUCUCAGCAGCAGCAGCAGCAGCAAUUAGGUGAUGUUGUCGAUGGCGUUCAGCUACGUAAUCCACAGAAGAACGCAACUACCGCCGGCGCCGCCGCCUCGUCCGCUCUGGCUCAACGGCAGCGCAACUCUGCUGAGUGCUGGAAGACCGCAUUGAAUCGCAACGACUUGAUGAGCAUUAUACGGGAAAGCAUGGAGAAGAAUCGUUUGUGUUUUCAGAUGAGCGGAAAACCUCAAGCAAAUGUGAGUCCUAUAAGGCAACCACAACUUCAACAUCAACCGCCUCACAGUCAGCAGCAGCUGCAGCAACAACAGCAACAGCAACAGCGCUCAAAUACUGUGUCGAAAAUACCAACCUUAAUUGCGAACCACAGCAAUGCCAUUAUCAACCACACCAACAGCAGCAACAACAAUCACAGCAGCAACAACAACAACCAUCACCAUCGUCAUCAUCACAGCCCCAACAACAGCCACAGCCACAGCAACAGCAGCAGUCACAGUCACAGCAGCAAUCACACGAACAACAACAGCAGCGAGUUAAAUUUACACGACAUCAGCACCACCAACAACACCAACACCACACAAUACCAUCCUCAGCCACAUAUACCCAUCUACCAUCAACAAAUGGCCAUUAAUCCCGCUGUGCUCGCCGCACAAAGUGGCAUGCAACAUGGUGUACACGGCAAACUGAAUUUGUGUGGCUACGAUUCUUUUCUACAUGCCACCAUUUGCGGUGGCGGCACCAGUCACUCGCCACCGCUGACAACAAGUGGCAACGUCGGCGCCUUAACGGCCACCACAUUCGUGCCACAAAUUGUCAGCCACGAUCAACACAGUAAUCAACAACAACUAAUCGCAACAGUACAACCCAUAAUGAACGCAGUUCCUAGCAGCCAGAGCACGCCCGCAAAGGUCUUCCUCAACUCCACCACGCACCAGAUCAAAACCAGCAAAAUACUGCGCAGCGGCUCAUACUCACAACAACAUACACCGCUGCACAGCCUCACCGCACAUAAUUCACCACAGUACAGCGGCUAUCAGCGGCUGUCAUCUUCCAAUGCGCACCACAGCCAUGCACAUGGACAUGGUGGCCACAAUCAGCAAGUACACCAACAAUGCGCCAAUAAGCUGGCGGCUCUGAGUCUCGGCGACGCGCCGCUGGCUCACAACUCCCCCGUAGAGCACAUUGAGAAGUGGCUGAAGAACAAUAGCGCCAAACAUCAGCGCAAGGACAGCGCCACGAAGUAUGCCGAUAAUGCGCUGUACGCCAAGCUGAGCGAGAAGCUGCAAGAGAGCGCGCUGAGCACGCACAACCAACGCGAAAAUGUGCAGCGGCGCAAGCACAAGUCCGCACACAAGCUGCGCACGCCGACCGCUGGCAACACGCCCACAGCGCAGUCCAAAAGCGCAUGCGCGCCUAAUGGCAUGCAGUCGAGCAGCUCGAAUACGAGCAUAGGCACCUACGCAGCGCUCAUACCGAUACACGGCGAUCCGGCAGAAUGUGAGAACCUCAUCGCGCCGACCACUACCGACGACGAGGCGGUGAACGAGGCGCCUACGGCGCUCUUUUACGCGUCCUGCAAAGCUGCCGCAAACUCAACGCCGAAGUCAAAUGCAGCGGCUAACGCUGCGGUGGAGCCAGUCAAUCAAGACAGCAAUGUAGCAACCGCCAAAUUGGUGGACAUAACCGAUGAGACUGAAUUGGUGGCUGUUGAAGCUGUGGAGAGCGCGGUGGAUGAUCGGGAUGUGACAUUGCGCGUAAGCGAUGCGGCUGAAGUCGAGGAGUUGGAUGCGGAGGAAGGUGUGGAGGAUGAAGAGGAGGCAGAGACCGAAGAGAGCGGCAGUGCGAGCGCGGCCAAUACGAGUGGCGGCGCAUCGUCGCUGAUACACCGCUAUGUGCACGAGCACAUACACCAUCACUAUCAUCACUUUGAGGAAAAAGACGAAUAAAAGAGAAAUACUAAAAUAAAUUUAUUUAAGAAAAAUUAACAAGAAACAUAAGUGAGAUUAGGCUCAUUGACUGAGCCACCAGCGGUAGACUAAAACAGUAUAGUAUACAAACAAAAUAUAUGUAUAUAAGAAAUAAUAAGAAAACAAAUCAGCGUUUAAGUGUUGCUUAGCUGUAAUAUAUAUGAAUGUUAUCAAGUAUUCUUUAGCGAAUUUCUCACAACUAGCCUUGCUGUUAAAUGCGAAGCUUAAAGGCCUAAAAGUAUGCUAUAAAUGUAAUGCUUAUGCUGUAGGGACGCAAAGUUGGCUGCCGAAAGUGGAUUUGUUUUAAACGCAGCAAAUUGAGGGUGCAUUACAACAAGAAAAAGGCUUAGCUAACUACUUAAUUAACAACACCUUACAGAAAUUACAAAAUUUUUUGUUCACAAAAACACUUUAAAAACUUUGUCAUACAGUAUCGUGCAAAAUUUUAACAUUAAAAUAUUUUAGUUUUCACUGUUAAUACGCUGGCAACCAAUUUUGAGUUUUAGAAAGCUGUGAAAAAUAUUUACCCUGCAGAAUUAGGCAAAAUUUUAGCUGCCUUAUAUCUUUUAAUUUCAAGUUUCACUGCAAAAUUUUUAAAGCUUUUUUGAAUAUUCGUAAUAAUUGACAAUUUUUGAAAAUACUUUAACGAAUGUUUUUCUUGCUCAGUUAUACUUCAGCAUUUAAAUUGAAAUUAAUUGAAGCAAAAAUUCAAAAUUUUUUUAUUAUCACUCUUUUUAACACGUUUGUCACGAUUUUUAUUGUAGCCUUUAACUUUUUUUUCAAUUAUGAUUUAUUUUAUGAUAUUUGAUCCAAAAUUAAAUUUAUUUGUGUUUAGGUAAUUUAUGCUUAAAAUCGUAAUUAACAUUUCAAAAUUUGUAUUGCAUACUUUUGAGUGUUAAUGAUACCAAAUGAUGACGAUGAAUUUGCGCACAACACUGUAGUAAGAAUAAAUUGCGUUGCUUUUAUAGCAAAAACCAAUAAUUUACCGAUAUUUAAUGAUAAUAAUAAUAUAAUCACAACACUGCGAGCUUUUGCAUGAUUUUAAAAGUUUUAUUUAGGUUUUUCAUUAAAAAUUUCGAUUCUUUCGAAUUUGCGAGCAUUGGUUAAAAGCUUUCGAAACCACACAACAAAAGAUACAAAACAAAAAAAUUAUUUUCUACAAAAGGAUAUUGAUCAUUAAGGCAGUUGCUUACAAAAACAAAAAUAACAAAUGAAAAAUGUGUAACUAUUGUAGCUGUAAUUAUAAAUUAAAUAGAAAUGUUAUUUAUUGCUAAAAUAAACUAGACAACUACACUAUUGUUGUUGUAAAUAUGUACUUGGGAAAUUUAAGGAAUUUACGUGCAGCACUGAGGACUAUAUCACAAAGGCUAAGAAUUAAAAACUAAGCAAAUACAAAUAAAAUAGUUUAUUAAUCGAACUAAAGCACAAUUGCGCACAAAAUAAAUGCAUAAUGAAUUGAUAGCAACAAAUACAUACAAAUAAUGAACAAACACUCACACAAGCAAACACUAAAAAAAUUUAUACAUAUAUACAUGUAACAAAUACAAAUGUAAAAAACACUAAUGUAACUGUAUAAAUUAUUUAUAAAAUAUUUCAUAUAUUGUAUAAUUAUUAUAUAAUAUUUAAUAUACUAAAACAUUAAAAAAUUUAAUUCAACUAUCCGAUUGAAUGUGCGAAGUUACGGUAAAAGCUCAUGUUGCUGACAAAUAAGUAUAUAUAACUAAAAUACAAAUAUGUAAAACAAAAACAAAAACAUGCAUAUACAAAUUCUUAUACAUACAUACAAACAAAUAUAAUAUAAAUGUUUCGCUUGCAUAAAAAACAUACAAAACGAAAACUAGUUGAAAUUGUUUCAUAGUACUUGAUUAGCAAAUAAAAAACCGAAAUCUAGAAAGCACUAGAACAGUUACAUACAUAUGAAUAUAUGUACAUAAGCUAACGCAGUUGAAAAAUUACAAUAUAUUUACAUACUUAUAAUUACUUUGCUAAAUCCAUGUGGCAACCAAUUGCUUUGCGCGUUUCAGUAAAAAAGUUUGAUUACUUUAAGCUUAGUGCUUGCAAAGAAUUUCAACUGACUCUUACAGUACAGCGGGUAUACACAUACAUACUUAUGUAUAAUCAAAACUUUAGCGCUAAGUUUCAGUGCCACCUUCGUAUUACGUCAACCAAUCACCGCUGAAUUUAUUAUUUUUUAUUAAUAGCCAAUUUUUCUCUAAAUAUACUUCAAUAUAACUGUAGCAAUGUAUUUAUUAUAUAUAAAUUAUAUAUUUUUACGCAUAUACAUACAAUUACUGAUACAUAUGUUCAACUCUGUUAAUAUAUACAUCUACUAUAUAUAUGCCUUUAUAUUAUUUUUUCUUAAAACACAUAGAAAAAGACUGAUUUCCAUUUAUGAAUUUAUUGAA